GUCAAGGAUUUGCCCAAUUAAGCCUCAAGGCAUUUUGUUUUUUCGUCCUCCAGUGGACAGAAAGGAAUAUUGUCACGUAUAUAAAAAUAAUCACUGGCAACAGAUUGCAUUAGUGUGAUCUUCGCAUUUAGUUGAGUUACUUCAUUAUUUUUUGUCAUUUUUAGGAGUUUUGAAUCUAUUUAACUUCUUAUUCAAAAUGGUCUCUAAUUCUGUCGGUUUUUUGAAAACUUGCAUGCUAAUUGUAAAUGCAGUCGUCAUUUAUGGACACCCUAAACUACCGGAAGAAAUGCCUCUUUGUAAAAGAAAUGACCCGAAUUUGAACGAGUGUCUUAAAAGUGCAAUCCAAACUUCGGUUUCAGUCCUGGCUAACGUGGGUAUACCAGAAUUGGAUGUUCCUUCCAUUGAUCCACUUCACAUACACGAAAUCCUCGUGCAUCAGAAUAGCACUCACUCUGUUAGGAUAUCGUUGGCCUUGAAUCACGCCGAUGUCAUCGGUCUAUCCAACAUCGAAAUACAAUCCGUUGAUGCCGAUUGGGAUAAGUGUAAGAUUCGCAUUGAUAUGAAGAGCAGUCCUUUGAUGAUCGUCGGUGACUAUAAGGUAGACGGAAAAAUAAUGGUUUUGCCAAUAUUCGGCGAAGGGAAAUUUAAUUUCUCAUUCAACGAGGGAGGAGAGGGACAUAUAGAAUUAUCUGGAAGGCCUGAAGUCAGAGAUGGCAAAACUUAUAUGAUAACAGAAAGUGUGACCUGGGACUACAAACCAAAUCAUCUAUUCAUGAAUUUGGACAACUUAUUCAAUGGUGAUAAGGCCAGAGGAAUUCAGAUGAAUGCUUUCCUCAACGACAACUGGGAAGAUGUUCUUGAUGAGGUGAAGGAUGUGACCCAGGCGUCUUUUGGAGAUACUUUUAAGGACAUUGCAAAGUUGAUUUUUGAUAAGGUGCCUUUAGAUUCCAUUGCAAUAGAAUGAUUAAGACAGAUCUUCUGGUACAGUAGUUAGACUCCAAUACUUUCAAUAAGAAUAGUGAGUAGGCCUAUGAUAGAGAUAGUGACGGUGGAUGAAUAUCCAAUCAUAAUGGAAAAUCGUAAAUUUCUUUUUCUCUCUACAUCAGAAUUUUUGAUUCGACUAUCACUUUACAAUAAAGAUACAUUAGUGAUUAAAACAAUUUUCAAAGAAUA